UACUAUUUCGCCCCGCCGCGACUUCCAAAAUUAAUGCGGCACAGCUCCAGUCCAGCUCAGUCGGGAGGAAUGGAAUGAGAGGCAGCCGUGGGCAAUACCAAGUCUGGGUUCCAUUAGGGGGGGUAUGCUGCGAGCAACACAGCAUUAACGGACAUAAACGCACACUUCAACGAUCAAAUAUGUUCUCGAGUACAUUAAAGAUGAAUUAUAAAGUAGUGACAAUGAAUACUUGACUGUAGAUCGUUGAUACACACAAGUAUACAAUCUUAAUCUUCAUUCAGAUUCCCUGCGUUCACGCUUCCACCCACCGCACAUGUAUUCCUAUCUACUUGUUACAAUUCCAGCGGGCACAGAAUGUGGCUCGCGUCGAAGGUGGCCGAACGACAACUCCCCUCCGAAACUUCUUAAAGUCUUCCCAAACUGUGGAUUCUUUUCUUUCUGCUUGUUGAAAGAACGUAAACUAACCCGGUUGGAUUAACACUCUCAUAAGGAAUAACUUGUUUUCUCAUCAAAAGUGGCAGACUCGCGCCCCCAUGCCCUACCUUGUGAGUGCUGCUUGGCCUACUGAGCCCAACAGUGCUGGUGUGUCUGUACUGGGCUGCAGCUGAAGCAGGGCUACAGCGACUGCACGUCAGCUCCUGUGGUAGUGGAGGCGGGUCGUCAGAGGGCCCAGAGCCCUGGAAGCAGGCGCAGGGGCCUGUCCUGUCCCAGCCACACGAAGAUGAACAAACUGAACUUUCACAACAACAAAACCAUGCAGGACCGCCGCUGUGUCUGUGUCUUUCUGCCUAACGAUGACACGCUCAAUGUCAUAGUCAAUGUGAAGACUUUGUGCCAGGAACUGUUGGUCCAGGUGUGUGACCUCCUCAGGCUGAAGGACUGUCACCUGUUUGGACUCAGUGUUAUUCAGAACAACGAACACAUCUAUAUGGAGCUGGAUCAGAAACUGUCCAAAUACUGCCCCAAAGAAUGGAAGAGAGAAGCCAGCAAGGGCAUCGACCAGUUUGGUCCUCCGAUGAUCAUUCACUUCAGAGCUCAGUAUUAUGUUGAGAACGGGAGAUUGAUCAGUGACCGGGCAGCCAGGUACUACUACUACUGGCACCUGAGGAAACAGGUGCUGCUUUCUCAGUGCAUCCAAAGGGAGGAGGCCUACUUCCUCCUGGCGGCCUUCGCCCUGCAGGCUGACCUUGGCAACUUCAAACGCAACAAGCACUUUGGGAAGUACUUUGAACCCGAAGCCUACUUCCCCCCGUGGGUGAUAGCCAAACGUGGCCGUGAGUACAUCCUGAGGCACAUCCCGAACAUGCACAAAGACCAGUUUGCUCUCACAGCUUCAGAGGCGCACCUCAAAUAUAUUAAGGAGUGUGCUCAGCUUGAUGACGUUACUGUCCACUACUACAGACUCUACAAGGACAAGAAGGAAGUAGAGGCAUCUCUUACAUUGGGACUGACUUUACGUGGAAUUCAGAUAUUCCAGAACGUCGGCUCUGUGAGGCAGCUGCUGUACGACUUCCCCUGGACCAACGUGGGGAAACUGGUAUUUGUGGGGAAGAAGUUUGAAAUCCUUCCCGACGGCCUCCCCUCGGCCCGUAAACUCAUCUACUACACAGGUUGUCCGAUGCGCUCCCGCCACCUCCUGCAGCUGCUCAGUAACAGUCACAGGCUCUACAUGAACCUGCAGCCGGUUCUCAAACAAGUCCGUCGUCUGGAAGAAAACGAAGAGAAGAAGCAGUACAGGGAGUCGUACAUCAGCGAUGCUCUCGAGCUGGACAUGGAGCAGCUGGACAAGCGUUCUCGUGCCAGCGGCAGCAGUGCAGGCAGCAUGUCUCAUCACAAACGCCUGUCCCGCCACUCCACAACUAGCCACGGCAGCUCGCACACCUCCGGCAUCGAGACGGACAGCUUCAGGGCCCCGAGUCAGGCCCCACACAGGCCCCUACGAACCUGCAGCUCGUCCACAACCAGCCAUGGGAGCUCACACACCUCUGGCAUCGAGAGCAGUGGCAAGGAGCGCAUACUAGAUGAUGAUGAGAUUGAGAUGUUGGUGGACGACCCCAAAGAUUAUGAAGAGCUACAUGAGAUGGCUCUGGACCAGGAGCUGUGUAUCCACAUCACUGAGGACAUGUUGACGAUGUCCCCUGAUCAGACAAAUGGAUACUCUGGACUGAUAGUGAAAGACGUCAGCUCCUCCACCUCCAGCUCCUCUGAGACCGUCGUCAAGAUGAGAGGACAGAGCAUCGAGUCUCUGCCACAGACGUCUGCAUGCAGGAAGCCUCAGUCUUCAACCGACCGCCACAGCCAGUCUCUCGACGACAUCCGGCUCUACCAGAAGGACUGCCUCCAGUGGGCAGAGCUGUGCCAGGACACCGCCCACAGCUACACAUUCGGCUGCGCCCAGGAGCUCAGCGACGGCGGCGGCUACCAGGGCCUGGCCGACCAGCGGGCCGGCAUGCUCGGCGAGCAGCACCCCUUCCCCAUCAAGAGAACCAACAAGUACUUCUCCCUGGACCUGACCAGCGACGAGGUCCCCGAGUUCGUGGUGUGACCGGAGAUGGCUGAAACGAGGCGACCUCAGGGUGACCUUUUCACUCCUCCGUGUCAGAUGUGGAGACGUUUCAGCCCUCAGGGAACGAGACAAGAGAGGAGUGUCGGAGAGGUGGUUUCUAUUCUUGGCAGCAGAUGGAAGAGAUGAGUAAACUGGCAACAAGUUGGCUGUGUCUUCAGUCACCACUUGAGGCGUGUAACAAAUAAUAAAUGAACAAAUAUGGAGGAUUCUGGCUGAAAUGGGAAUUUUAUGAAUGAACACUGGGCUCAUAAGAACCUGUGUCUUUAAAAUAUAACCCAAGCUGCUCCCCCUGCGUGAAAGGAAACAAAAGGGAUCACAUUGUCUUCUUCAAACAAACCCCCCCCCCAAAACAUUAUUAUUCAAAUCUGUCUUCUCCAAACUGGUUUUAAGAUCCUCACGUCGUGUUUACCUGCUUUAUAAAGUCAAAGAGACUGUGUGUGCAUACAGGUGAACUUACAGGAAACACAGACUCAUGCACAGAAGAGCAUAUCAAAGAUUUUUUUGUGGAGGAUGCAAAGGACAAAAUCACUCUGAGCUACGAACCAAAGAGCAGGAAAUGGCGCGUUUCUGCGUCCGCGUUGUUCUCGCAGCGUGCAGCCAUGACGAUUACGUUUCAGAGUCACGGUGGGAGAGAAGAUGGACCCAUAAGCCAGCCAUGGCUCCUUCUUUUUCUCUUCUUCUAUGCCACUUCAUUUUACCUCGACAGGAAGUGCAGUGUGCCAACUCCCACCUACCCACCCCUCAACACACACACUCGGACUGGACUCAUGUGAACACACACCCGACGUGCCUUCAUCACACUAUGCAGGUGUCAUACCCCCUCGCCUUGACAAUCACACACCCCCUCAUUUUUAAAGAUUCAAGCCAUCAGAAUUCAAACACACACUCUCCAUGAGCAGAUCAAGCUAGCUUUCCAGCAUCUUAAAAAACAAAAGAUCCUGAUUUCAGACUGUCUCAUGUCCUGUGAAAUCCGACCGAGUUUCCAGGGAGGAAUGAGGUCGAGUUAGUUCCUACAUGUCCUGACUCGCUUUCAGCUUUGCGGCUACAAAAGCUUCCCUGUAAUCUAGACUCAAAAUGGAGCCCGGGCUGGCCGUCGGCCAGAACAAACCAUACAUUUUGAUGCAUACAUACAAGUAUAUGUCUUCCUUUCCUUCUUGUUUCUUCUCAUCUGUCUUCUGUUUCAUUCGUCUGCCAUUUUAAACUGGAAUUUGUUACAUUUUUUUUAUUUCUCAUGCUCUCGUUUUACCUGAGAUCUCUUUACAUGUUGUAUUUUUGUAUGAAUUGUCCAGACUUGUAUAUGUUGAACAGAUAUUUCGAGCACGGUUGAUGUCAUUCAGUAUUACCAUCAGACAUAUGUGACAGUAUUAAGGACGUGUGAGGUUUGUGGCUCUGAACAAGAAAGACUGGUUUCAUCAUCAAGCCUGUGGUAACUGACAGGUUGUUUAACAGGCUCUUAUUGCUCUUAAAUCACAACUCAGAUUUCACUAUAAUACAGCCAGUGUGAAUGAGGACAGGAGGUUGUUGCAGGUUAAAACAAAACGAGACGUUUUUUUAAAAUCACACAGCUCAAAAUCAAAGUGCCGCAGUUACAGCUUUAAAACGUUUAGUUUUAGUCUGAUUUAAAUCAGUCAUUGCUUUUUUUGAAGCUACAGCCAUAAUAAUUUUAAGCUCUCUGUGGUGAAAACACUAAGAUUUUAUUUAAAACAUUGUUUUACUCAUAUUUGAAUUCCCUUUCAACCUUUUAUCAUGACAACAGAAUUACAUUUGAUUUGAGAAUGAACUGAAGAUUUUAAAGUUUCAUAUAAAACUUUUCAAGUGGCUUUAAGUUAAUGAAAAAGACCUGAUUCUGCUGAUCAUGACAUUUUUGGGAAAUAACGCUUAUUUGCUUUCUCACCAAGAGCUAGAUGAGAGGAUUGUUAACUUUGGACAGAACCAGACCAACCUUUCCCUCUGUUUCCAGUCUUUAUGCUAAGCUAAGCUAACGGGACGUUAUGCUUUUAAAAUGUCAUCCAACAAACAAAAACAACAAAUGAGGUGAUAAAUGUGCAGAUAAACGUCGGCUACUUUUAUUAACAUGUCAAUUAUGUGGCUGAGCCGAACUGUACAAUGUGAAACUUUGUCUGGGUGCAGCCUAAACGCUGUUAACUGCACGUUUCCAAACUCACACAAUAUGUAGUUAAUUUUCUUCUGAGUCGUCCCAGGUCAGCAAUACAGCAUCUGAACAAGGUUUUUUAAAAAGAGACAUAUAUGUAUUACAUAACAAAUACAUGAAUUUGAUACUGCUAUGUAAUUAAAAACAACUAUAUUUCUUACCAGUUUGUUUCUGUCACAGUUAUAAUUAUUUCUACUCAUUAAUGGUAAAUGUCUUAAGUCAUAUUUUGAUGGACAAUGAUGUUUCUUAUAUUAAAACAGUAUGUGUUAAGGUACAUAGCCAUACAGUCAUAACCCAUGUUCUUAAAGUCUUCAUAAUUUGUUCUAACUUCCUUCUCUGACUUCAAUAUAUGGUCAUACUUACACUUUGUAAGAGUCUGUAUGUCUGUGUCCAUAAUCCUUUCUGUGAAAGGAUAUCCCUUCAGGAAAAAAUGAAAGAGGUUUUUUUUUUUUUUUUUUUGUCACCCUGUAGUUAAAAAAAAAAAAAAAGAUUUGUUAUUAUGAAGUCUGGUCCGUGCCUUCUUGGUACUAACGCCCUCAAUAUCCAAUAAAAAGGUACAUUUAUCUACCAA